CAACUUGACCGCACCUCCAACGUUUUGCGUAGUGUCGUGCCCAACGACGUGCUCGGAUGCUUCGCGCUGCGAAACUGAUUGGUUCAGGCCGGGGUGCGGUGAGGGUGUCUGUCCGUCGGCGGCUUGCGACGGAGGCCUCACCGACACUGGUCCCGAAGAAGAGGCACCCCGUUCGCCGAUUCGUACUCUACACCGCAGGCGCGACGGCAACGUUCUAUGUUAGCAGCACGUUCGUCUCCUUUGCCAUCCCGCAAUACCACGAUUUCUUCAUCGAGAAUGUCCCCCUCGGUGCUUCGUUCCUCCAGUACGCAGAAGACCAUGAGUGGGAUACUCUCUCCGUCGAGAAGGUCGUCGACUCAGCUUCGAAGAGCGUUGCGUACGUGCAGAGCUUCUUUACCACUGAAGAGGCAAACAAGGUCGUCGAACGCACGAAGGGUGCCCUCGAGCGGACCAAGGAAGCGUCCAGGGACCGGAUGCAGUCUGUUAAGCAGUCCGUCAAGACCUCCGUCAGCAAAGCUUCCGAUGAAGUCAAAAAAGAUGCUGCUAUAGCUAAGCAUCAAGCGACUCAGUUCUCGGAGGGCGUUGAGGACCUCGUACGACGCGCCGAGGAUGCGCUCGCCGGAAGGGCUCCCGUCCCGAAGCCUGACGCGCCGACCACGCCUUCGCAGCCAGAGGCUGCCACCCCCACUAUUGACAAGAAGGGGAAAGGCGUGUAUGAUGUUCCACUUCCUAUUGGCUUCGAGCCGCCUCCGGGCUACGCGAAGCCCGCACAGCCUAAGCCUGCACCCACGGAGAAGGCUGCACCAACCAAGGGGGACGUCACCCCGUCACCACCUGCCCAUAAACCUCUUCCUCUGGUUGCCCCGGCUGUCCGCGAAUUUGCCGCAUCUGAACCGGUCAUUGCCCAGCUCGCGACUGUCAUCGACGACCUUGCGUCUUAUGUGAACACCAAUCCCACUGCUGCUGAGAAGGCACGCGACGUCCUUGACACUGCCAAGAUCGACCUCACACAGCUCGCGUCGCGCAUCGAGCAGGUCAAAGAGGAGGAGCGCCGCGUUCUGGAGGCGAAGCUCGACGAGCAGACGCGUGAGUACACGCUCAAGCUGCUUGAGAUGGAGAUGGAGGCGCAAGACAGACUUGACAGCCAGGAGGAGGGUUUCCGUAAGUUCUUCGACGAGGAGAAGAACAAGUUUGUUCAGGCGUACCGCGAGAAACUCAACCGCGAGCUGCAGACCCAGAGCGAGAUCAUCAACGAGCGCCUGAAGGAGGAGGUAAUAGCACAAGGCAUCGAACUGCAGCGACGCUGGAUUCGCGAGAUCAAGAUGCGCGUCGAGCAGGAGCGCGGCGGCCGUCUCGCCAAGCUCGACGAGCUUUCCACCAACUUGAAGCGCCUCGAACGCAUUGCUCUCGAUAACUCUUCCUAUCUUGACGAGAACCUACGCGUGCACGCACUCUGGUCUGCUAUUCGCGCCCUCGGCCACGCAGUCGAUGCUCCCGUCCGCAAGCCUUUCCGCGACGAGCUCCGUGUACUUAGGCACAUUGCCGCUGCGCGGGAAGACCCCGUUGUUGUCGCCGCACUUGACACUCUGGACGCAACAGACACCCCCGACAUUGGCGUCGAGCCGCUCGGUGACCUCACGAUCUGGUUUACGACUUCGGUCGCGCCUAAGGUUGCCGCUGUCGCGCUCGUGCCGGACCAGAAUGCGGGCGUGCUCUCACACCUCGCAUCGCACUUCCUGUCGUCUUUCACCUUCAAGCGCCAAGGUCUGGUUCCUGGAGGUGACGUCCUCAGCGUAAUUGCGCGUGCGGAGUACUACCUGAAUGAGAAGGAUCUGGACGGCGCGGCGCGCGAGCUCAAUCAGCUGAAGGGCAUCGCCAAGAUCCUGCUCUCUGACUGGUUGAAUGCCGCUCGGAGACGCUUGGAGGUCCUUCAGGCUCUUCAGGCUGUGGAAACACAGGCCACUCUGGCCUCUCUGCUAGUCGCUCAAGAUUAGACACGCUCAUUUGUUACCCAAAAUUUCAGUGGACAGCGUUAGAUGCUAGAGUUUGUCUUCGGUCAGGGAAGCCAUUAAUAUUCCGGCAAUCAUGGAAAUUGUGCGUGCAUGGCAUCAGUUUACUUGUGUAAGCUUAUAUAGCAGCCAUUUGCGAUAUGCGGGCAAAUGUGGCUGUGGAAGGUCAAGGGACCCACUGCUGUACAGCGCGAAGCAUCUGGUCCUUCGCUGCAGGAUCC